CGCACAGCCGUUAGUGGACGUUGAUUGUGAGAUGACGACCACCACCAAUCAGUCGUCUCGUGGCUUUUGCCGUGUGCAUAACUUGCUUUAAACAGCUACCGUCGGGCUGUUCCAAGUAAAAGUUUGUAUUUCGUUGCGUUAACGGUCAAAAGCGGUCCCGGUGCUACCGGCAUGCCGGUGCACGCGGAACCCUCGUCACUUAUACCGCCACCGCCGCCGCAUCAUACGGUGACGUUGGCAUCCGAACCGCGUUUUCGACGAUGUCUUCGUAAGUUUUUUGCCCACCUGUUUAGCAAUUUGGGCCUGUUUGGACUGGUGGCCGGGUAUGUGAUCGUUGGGGCCUUUGUUUUUCGAUUCCUAGAAGCGGGCAACGAGCGUCAGCAAAGGGAUCGUAUAGGCCGCCUUAAGAAUGACUGUUUAGGAGAACUUUGGAACAUAACAGUUACAAUGCAUGUUCUUCAUGAGCUAAAUUGGACAAAGAUGGUUUAUGAACCACUUCAUAAAUUUGAAACGCAAAUAAUGUCUACAACAAAUAUACAGGGCUAUGACAAAAAUACUGAACAGUGGUCACUAACUGGUGCAUUGUUAUAUUCUGUUACUGUAAUAACAACUAUUGGGUAUGGUAAUUUAGCACCAAAAACACCACAAGGUAAAAUUGUAACUAUGGUAUAUGCUCUGUUUGGCGUGCCUCUCAUGUUACUUUGUAUAUCCAACUUGGGAUCCUUGUUGGCAGGCACAUUUCAGUUUGCAUAUUCCCAUACGUGUUGUUCUAAAAAACGAAAAUCAGAAAGUCGAAGAGAAAAGGCAAUGAAGAAGUGUAAAUCGAUGACUGAGGUUAAAAUGUCCCCACAUUCCGCACAUUCUUUAAACGGACAUCAUAAAAUUGAUCCAGAAGUAUCAAAAUUGCGAAAACCUAUAGGAAGCAAGCCUGUGUACCGUUUAACUUCUGAGGCAAAAAACGUUCUAUGUGAAUGUGCAGAAUACCAAUUGGCAAAUUCGCCCACGCACGAUCAUGUAGCUGCACAUAUUCUUAGACAAUUGGGCGACAGUUCAGAUUUGUCAACAGUUCCCGAAGAAGAUUACUCCUACAACGAUGAAAAUGAAGACUGCUAUGAAUGUCGAAUUCGCAAUACUACUUACGGCACACCUUCUAGAAUACCAUUAAUUAAAAACCACCAUCAAAAAGAGCGGUCACAGCAGAUUUUGAAUGUACACACAAUCAAACCAUCUAAAAAACCAGUGAGAACCCCCGCGCCGCCUGGUGUACCGGUGAUUUUGGUGUUGUUAGUUUUGGUCGGUUACAUAUGUCUAGGUGCCGCUGUGUUUGCCACUUGGGAAGAUUGGACAUUCAUCGAUGGCGCUUAUUUUUGUUUUGUAACCUUAUCAACAAUAGGAUUUGGUGACUUUGUACCUGGGAAAUCUUUUAAAGGCACCGACACGCAAAACGGUCAACUGCAGUUAAUUGCUUGCUGUGGAUACCUGUUGUUCGGACUGGUCUUGAUUGCCAUGUCAUUUUCACUGGUCCAGGAAGAAGUUGUCUCCAAGUGUCGAAAUGUGGCUAGAUACAUGGGACUCCUAAAACAACCUCGACCGAACACACAGCCUGCUCCUUAUGCUCUGUAACCAAUGGCUAGUCUCCUUCGGCUAAAACGUUUAACUGACUUCGCAUUUCUAGUGUACAAUAAUUUUGAAAUGUGUGUGUGUGUUAAAUUGACAAUCAGAAUUAACUCUAACAAGAUCAUACUGAUGGCGUGAAUUUGGAAAUGAAGACGCUACAUAACCUGUGAUUAAUACAUUUGUAUACGAUGAAACCAAAAUACAAUAUUGAAUAAACUGGUUUUAGUUGAAAUUUUUUUAAAAUUCAAGAACUUACUUGAAAAUUGAAUAAUAUUUACAUUUAAAGACAAAAAUGUGCAACUUGAUUUUUAAGUAGUCAUAAUUAGAAUCACAGAAAUAAAUGUGAAUGAAUAUAUUUUUGUAACCAUUUUGGCUAUAUUAUAUGAAAAAAUUAAUCAAUGAAAAUUAAUGAUCAACUUGUGGCUAAUAUUAUUUAAAAAUUCGUUAUCAUGUAUAUUUUUUUGAUUUAAAAAUAAUAAAAUAAGUAAUAAUAAUAAUAAUACAGAUUUCGAUUGAUAAAUUUUCAAAAUAUUGUCGCAUCUCUAAUUUACUAUUUUGACUUAAUUACGUAAGAAAAAACAAGUU